AUGAGGCUGCCCAUCACUCCCUACCGAGCUCUCCUUCUGGACCGCUCCACUCCUCAUCUAUCUCGCUCGAUCUCCACCUCCCAACCCCAAUUCGAAACAUGGAACCAAUCCCAAUCGUCCUCUCCUCGCCCCUCCAACCCUAAAAGAAGACAACACAACGAGAACCGCCGACAAGUCAAAAUAUCCAACACUCUCCUCAUCGCUUCCCGUUUGGGUGAAAAAGCUCCUACCAUCUCCAAGGAGACCUCAGAUAGGUACUCAGGCUGGAAGCCCACACCCGGUCCGAGUAGCAGAAGGAAUGUUGGUCGACCGCAACUCUCUCGUCCCGCUUCAAAGUCGCUAAGCAAAGCAAAGGAGAAUGAAUCGAUAGAUGUUUUGUUAGGGCCUCAUUCGGCGGCUGUGCUUACCACACCCCUUCUCCGAUCCGAAGACGGUCCCGAGGACGGGAUUAGUAGUCGGGACUUUAUCGCACCCCGCAGACAGCUCAGACCUGGUGACUUUGUAGAGGUGGUAAGGAGUAACAUUUCCAUCGGAGUCGUCCUUCCUCCUCCAGAAGACGCAGCUGACACAACAGUAAAAGGGGCCAGCUUUAAAAACCUCUACGUACUAGUAACCUCCGGUCAAAUCGUACUGUACAAGGAGCAAGAUGUUAUGAUUCAAAUCCCCUCUUUCAUCUCUCCUCCCCUUACACAGCUUGCUGCUGCAACUUCAAAACGCUUUGUCGUAUCCACCAACUCCGUCGACAUUCCUUCAAACUCGGGCGGCACCCACGAUACGCACUCCAGCAAUACAGGCGGGGAAGUAGAUCCACUAGAAGACACAGCAACAGAGGAAGAACCGAUUGAUAUGCCCCGCUUCGAAGCUCGCGCGAGCAUCUGUAACAAAUUGAGAGUAUUGGAGAGACAGAAGGAAAAGGAACUGCGAAAGUUGUUGCCAGCAUUUCAGUCUCUGUUUUUGGUUCCACAGGGGAGUGAAAGGGAGGUCGGGGAGAGAAUGGAUUUGAGGACUGGGACUAUUACGACUUUCGAAACUGCCCGCUUACUUGCCCAACAUUCGAGGGAGGAUGGAGAGAUGACAGCGAGUACGAUUUAUGCUGCUCAUUCGCUAUUGAUGUCCCACCCAACUCACUUUCUUGUUGAUGCAUUGUCGCAUCGUACGAGUCAGCUGUUCAGUUGUAGGAGUAAGGAGGAGAGAGCGAAUCAUGCCUUAAUCUCUUCUUGGAUCUCGUCCAGCCCCGAUUCAGAGGGUCAGAAGUAUAUCGAUUCUUUCUGCGCCAAAGCUAGCAAGAUCCGCAAGUACAACGAAACGCACCCACACAACCUCACUGGUGAACCACGAAUCAUCGAUCCACCCAGCGCCGAAUUGGAUAUCACCUGGACCAGCGAGGAUAGGCAGAUUAUCGAGUUCCUAAAAGCAAGUCUUGGGUUCAGACGAGAACUGCAAGAGGACACGCACGGAUCCAUCGCUAUGUCCAUUAUCAAGCGUGCUGGGGGACAUUUUAGACUUUUACCCCAUCCGAACAUUCCUGAGUUGAUGCCUGUUCAAAAGGCAUCCGAGGUUUUACUUGCGGAGGAGGGAUGUGGGUUGGGGAAAAAGGUGUUCGAGUUAAUCGGAACAGAUUUGCACGCGGGAGCGGAUCUCCAGCAUGGGCUUACUAUGCGAUUCUUAACGGAGAUCGGAGCUUUGCCUCCUUGGCAGAACCCGAUUCAGCUUGAUGCAUCAUUCAGGAGUGUCACUGCGGAUAAUCCCCAGCCGGAGUCUUCUGAGAGGGAGGGUGUUGCGAAGAAGUAUACCUUAAGCUUGGAUGAAGAGGUCGAGGGGAUUAGGCAUGAUUUUGGGAAAGACCAUUCGGUAUACGUAAUCGAUGAUGAAUUGGCGUUUGAACUCGACGAUGGCCUCUCUGUUACCCCUGUGGAGGGUGGAGAUAAGGCUUGGGUUCAUGUGCAUAUUGCAGAUCCCACAGCGCUUCUAAAGCCGAAAGAUGAGUUGGGUAGGAGAGCGGAGAGAAGGUUUCAAACGUUAUACUUUCCCGAGGCUAGAUGGGCUAUGUUGCCCGACUCUUUCGUCUCCGCUGGGGUUGGUCUAAGGGAGGGUAAGGGAGACGGGGAGGGGCAGAGAGUAAUGACGUUUUCAGCAUUGGUUGAUUUGCAUUCGGGUUUGGUGGAAGAUACCAAACUUCAACCGGGGCUAGUUCAUGAUAUUCAGACUAUCUCUUAUUCCCGCGUUUCCACUCUGCUCUCUGAUCAGAGUGGUGGAAAAGAAGAGGGGAAGAGGGAAGUAGAAUUGAGAUUGCUGUUGCGAGCAGCAACUCUGCUUAGCGAGAACAGAAGCAAAUUUACCGCAUUCGUUGCAUUCGAUCGACGCCCAUCUAUGUUGGUUUCCCCCCUUCCGCUACCCGCAAUCCCAUCUUCGGCUUCGGAAUUGCAAAAGCCGUACUUCUUCGCUGGAUUUCCGAGCAUCACCACCUCGCUCGAUCCAAGCUCUUCCCCUACUGCUGGCGCUGGAACUCCACCUAUUGCGCAAUUUUUAGUGUCAGAACUGAUGGUGCUAGCUGGUCGAGUGGCUGCUUCUUAUGGAGCGAAGCAUAAUAUUGCGCUUGCGUAUCGACACCAGCCUCUUCCCGAAUCAGAGGAGGAAAUGGAGCAGAUUUUGGGAAUGCGAACAAACCUUUCUGGCUGUGGGUUGAUAGGGAGGGAUGGAAUCGUAGGUCACGGCUUAAUCCCGUACGAAGAUAUUCUGCUGAAAGGAUUAAUAGUGAGUGGGAGUGGAUAUUCUUCUUCGCCUGCUGAACAUUUUUCACUCGGAAUCACCGGUCACACUUCCGCACCCAAUGGAACCGUUCGGGGAGUAAAAGACGCUUUAACUGGAGGAGGCUACACUCGCGCAACCUCGCCUCUGCGACGCUACCCCGACAUGCUAGGCCACUGGCAAAUCAAACAUCAUCUCAUCCAUUCCCGCUCCCGUUUCUCCUCCGCCGACAUCUCCCAUAUCCUCCCUCAGUUGGAGAGGCAGGAAAUAACAGCAAAACAAUUGAUGCGUUCUGCUGAUCGAUUCUGGCUCCAUUGCCUCCUCCAGCGAUCCCUCUUAGACCCCGCCUUCACGCAGGGUGAAGAAGGGAGGGAAAGGGAGUGGUUAAAAGGACCAUUUACAGCAAAAGUAACGCUAUCCGAAGUCAGGAUUAAUGCUGCGACCUUGUUAGGGAAGGUAAGGGUUCAGGUGGAUAAACUUCUCAUUCCCGCUGAUUUGGAGUGGGGGGCAAAGGAGGAGCCGCCUAAGGUGGGGGAUGUGUUUAGGGUCAAGCCCGUGGCAGUGAUUAUCGCUGGGAUUCGGAGUGGGUUAGUUUUGAAGCGAGUCUAA